UUCUACCGGACGCAUCUCAGUUCCGCGUUAUCCUCGUUCGUGUGUGCUUUCGUCCGGUCGUCGGUGCUCGUAGAAGGAUGUGAGUUAUUCCUGAUUUUUUUUUCCUCUCUGUGAUUUGCCAACACCAACAGCAAUCGCACAGAAGUGGGAGUUGUUUUCGUGAAGGAUAAUAAUGGCAGAUUAGGCAGCUGGAGCAGAAACUGUCAAAAACUGGGUGUCUCGGAACUAGCCGAAGCGUGACACGAAAAGAAGAAGAAGAAGAAGUGCUGGAGUGCUGUGUUUGAUAGGCAAAAUCCUUGGUCCAAUCCGCGCUGUGGUGCAGCGCGUUUAGUGUUAACAAGGUCAGUGUGAAAAGCAGAGACAAUGGUCCGCGAAAAUAGUGUGGAAAAGAGCGACCGAACGGCCAGCCCUGGUGGAGGCACUCUGUUAAUGGAUAAUGGAUUUUGGCAGAGUGAAUAAAGCAAUUACCGCCGCCCCCAUCGCGCUGCUUCCCCAUUGCUGCGCGCUUUGUCCUGUUUCGGGCUGCGGCGAGCGAAAAAUUAAUGAUGAUGAUGUGUGACGUGAUUUAAAGUGCACAAAUAAGCUGCUCGGGGUGGUCUCGAGAGAGAGAGUCUGUUGGGAACAAGCAAAAAAAAAACCGCUACACAGUAUUGCAUUUCCGCCACCCAAAUUGUACCGGAAGACGCGGCACAUCGGGUCGCACGGAAAGGUACCUCGGGGGAUGAUGUAGAAAUCUACAUAAUUGUUACUGUGUGCGUGUAAUUGUGCGAAUAAAACCAAACCUGCAAUGAAUGGGGGAAAAAUCAGCGAAAUCCUAUGUGUAAUUACGUAAAGUGGUGAUUUUUAGAAGCAAUAGGCAGGGCGAAAAGCGUUUUCAUCCGAACGAAUCCAAACGCUUGACAAUCAAACAAUAGGGAUUCGAUCGGCGAAACGGCGAACAACGAGUUUUUUUUUAUUCGGCGAAGCUGAAGCGGAAGCAGCAAAAUACGAUUGAAAUCAGUGUCCAUUGGUGCAAAUGAAACCAGGUGGAAUGUGCGGCGGUGUAUUUAUUGUGCUACACUUUGAAUGGUGACGGAAUAAAACUACACAGUAAAUUCGAAACGUUGAAGUCCGCGUGGCCACCGAUUGCGGAAAGGGAAGUGACGUAGUGACGCACACAAGAGCGCGCGCUUUCGGUUCUUUGUUUUGGACCGACAAUCGUUGGGGAGUCGCAUGCCUGACGCAUAGAGCGAGCGCUUCGACAAGUGGUGUGUAGCCAUAACAAUCUCUGGCGGUGCUGGCGGCAACUCGCGAUAGUGUAAUCAAAAACCGUAUACCAUAACAACAAUACGCCUACCACGCUAGCAGCAAUGAUUACCCGCGGAGUCAGCUCUUAUCUGGGAUUCAUUUUGUGUGGAUUAAUAUUCCCAUGCUUGGCGACGAGGAUUUUCGAUAUUGAAAGCAUACCGGUGGUGAAGUACAUUGCGCUGGCAGGUGGAAACAUCACACUCAGCUGCCCCGGAGUGAACGAACGCUCGCUGGUGGACAGUCUGAUCUGGAAGACGACGCAAACGGUGGCGGAAUACGUCAACGGGUUGCCACUGUCCAGCAAUCAGAGGAUAACGUUGCUACCUGACAACUUCAGUCUCCACAUCAAGCCAACGGUCGCCUCGGAUACGGCCGAAUACAGCUGCCUGGUGAACGACCGGCACAGCCCGGAAGCCAUAGUAGAUUUAAUAGUCCAAGAUGUACCGGAUCCCCCGGGACGGCCACUGGUGCUCAGCUUCACGUCACGUUCGGUCCAUCUAUCCUGGGCACACUCGCAGGACUCGAGGAAUGCACCCGUUGCGAAUUUCAUCAUCGAAACAAGGGUUGGUGAGAAUGGCGGCUGGGACCAGGUGGCACCGAUCCGGACGAAGGAUAACGGCACCUCGUAUCAGGUGGGCGGAUUACUGCCCUUCACCGUGUACAGUUUCCGCGUGAUUGCCAUCAACGAGUUGGGGCGCAGCCCUCCCUCGAAGGAAUCGUACUAUUUUGUCACGCUGCGGGAAGUCCCAACGGGCAAACCGGUGACAACGAUCGCCCACAACACGAGCGCCUCCUCGCUGUACAUCUCCUGGAAACCUCCGCCCCCGGACACGAUUCUGGGCGAGUUUCUUGGCUAUCGCAUCACGUUUCGGACCCGGGACCGCAAUCCGGAUGACGUCAAAGAGAUUUACAUCCGUGACAGCUCCGUGGAGAGCCACGAGAUCCACAAUCUCGAGACGUACACUCAGUAUCUGGUCUCGAUCCAGGUGUUCAAUCCGGAGGGCUUAGGACCACCGACCACUGUGCUGGUCAUGACUGAUGAAGGAGUUCCAAGCAAACCGCGGAAUCUCAGCACUCUGGAGAUAACUUCCACCACAAUCCGGAUAAGCUGGCAGGAGCCGGAGCGUAAAAACGGGAUCAUCCACGGCUACCGGGUUUACUACGUGUAUCAGAACCAAACACUACUCCAUCUGCCAAUUCUGAAGAGUGAUGCCAUCCAAAACUCGGUCUACACCUACACUCUGUCCAGUCUGAAACCCUUCACGGACUAUCGCAUCAUAGUGGCCGCCUUCACGCUGAAAUACGACGGUGAUCCAACGGAGGUUUCCCUCCGGACGGACAUUGCCGGUCCGAGUGCCCCGAAGUUCAUCAAUCUGACCUGCUACUCCGAGGAUGCGCUGUUUCUGGCCUGGCGCAUCCCACAGCACUUCUACAACUCCGUCAAUCACUACAUCGUCAGCUAUCGCAACAUGGACUACACGCGAUCGCGGGAGAUUCGGAUCUCCGCCAACGCGUCCAUCGUGGAGACCUCCGUGGUGCUGCAGAACCUAACCACCGAUGCGACCUACGAACUGAAGGUGCGCGCCGCUUCGAUUAGUGUGAUCAACCCGCACAAAGUCAUCCUGGGACCCUUCUCGGAGCCGAAAAAGGUCACCCUCCAGGCGAACUGCGACCAGCAGCAGCCUCCCUCCUUGUACCAUCACUACGCCGAUUACGAUCUGAUCGUGCUGGCGGGUGCUGUGAUUUGCUGCUUCGGUUUGCUGUUGGUUAUCCUGGCGAUCGUUUUGUGGAAAAAAUGCUUCAACACAAACUACACCCACGAGGCGGAUGGCGCCCUCGCGGAUCAGAAACAAUCCCAGCAGCAGCAGCAUCAGCAACAGCAGCAGCAGCACCAGACGCAGAUCGACUGGAAGGCCACCUGCGACACCAACGGGGUCAUCCAGACGACCGUCCCGGUCACGAAGAUCAUGCAGAAUGGCAACCAUCGGCAUCUGGGCGUCGAUGGGGACUGAUAAAAGGCCACCGGCACCGGCAACUGCGCGACGAUUGGUGGUGCUGAACGGUGGCAGACCCGACUCAUUGGAUCCAGCGUCUCCUCCCCUGCUGUGACCGCCGCCAGCUGCUGCCUCAACGCCGGUCUUCCGUCGAAGACCGCCAUGCUCUACAUCCCGGAGCUGGAGCUGGUAAUCAACCCGGAGGCCUAGCGCGCGGAUUGUCAGCAGACAAGGGGGAGGGUGAUGGCUCAAUUGUACAGGUAGUAAAUUUAAUUCAACACAGACACACUUACUUAUAAAGAAAGAGAGAUGAAUCGUGAGAAAGUGGAAGCUGCAGCGAAAUAGCGUCAUCAAAUGUCAAAGACAUGUUUUUGUUUUUGUAAUCGGAAGAAUUUGAGCGAAUGGUGAAGGAAGUACAAACCGGAAUCGUGACGAUGAUCGCUUCAAAGCUUGUGUAACAUAGUAUUUUAACACACAAUGGGUUAAUGCCAACAUUGUUUUUGUUUGUUUCCGUCUUGAUUUAUGAGCGUCAAACCCAAAUGACAAACUAAUGAAUCGAGGAAGAAAGAAGAAAACUGACUCCCGUUGAGAGAGAAAGUGUAAGACGUGUGAUAUUUUUAUACAUAUUUUCAGAAUGUUUGGAGGACAACUAGGAAAUAAUGGUGGAAAUAAAUUUUAAAUGAACGAAA